AUUAGAGCUGACUUGCUAGAGAAAUAUUCAAAGUUACCUGACUAGUUAGUCGUUAGCAACAGUUGGGAGCACGGGUGGAACAGUUGAGUGGACAUCGUCGCGUUGGCUGGUCGUGCGAGAGCUGGCACACGCAGAAAAUGUCGAAAAAAGUAUUGGAGCCGAGGGCCAAGGCGGGCGUUAGCUCAGAAAAUGUUAGCGAGACCACUCCGUUGGUGGGCAAGAAGGGCGAGGGUGAUGAAGAAGGUCGGGGUCUGACGACGCAGCAGACUGCCAUCCUGAUCGCCGGGGAGAUGGCCGGCAGCGGAGUCCUGGCACUGCCCCGAGCUCUCUCUAAGACUGGAUGGUUCGGAGUACCGUUGUUGCUGUUGGUGGCCUUAGUGGCAGCGUUCAGCGGCAAGCGACUGGGAGACUGCUGGUCUAUCCUGGAGGCACGGGACCCAGAGAUGAGGACCCGCAAGCGAAACCCUUACGCUAUCAUCGUAGAACAGGCCCUUGGCAAGCCAUGGAGUGUGGUGGUAUCAAUGGCGAUGAUUGUGACUCUCUUCGGCGCGUCGGUGGUGUACCUGCUGCUGGCAGCUCAGAUCAUCGAGGCAGUACUCCUGUCUCUCGUCCCCACGCUCACCAUCUGCACCUGGUACCUCAUCGUUGUUGGCGCCAUGACACCGCUGUUGUUCUUCGGCACACCCAAAGAUUUCCACCUGAUGGGCAUCCUUGCCUUCGGAUCCUCGCUGGUGGCCUGCAUCCUGUACUUCAUCGAGAUGAUGAACGAGGUCUCGCCGUUCACGUACCGUUACGGCAUCCACGGCUUCAUGGACUUCUUCUUGGCGACCGGCACCAUGAUGUUCGCCUUCGGAGGAGCCUCCACAUUCCCGACCAUUCAGAACGACAUGGCCGACAAGACCAAGUUCGGAAAGAGCGUGCAAUAUGGAUUUUUGGCUGUCUUGGUCCUGUACCUGUUGGUGGCUAUCGCUGGUUACGCGGUGUACGGAGAGCGCGUGCUGCCCAACGUGGCUCUCUCCAUGUCAGCCACUCCCCUCACGCUGGCUGCCAACAUUCUGAUGGCCGUGCAUCUGCUGUCGGCUUUCAUCAUCAUCAUCAACCCCGUCUGCCAGGAGGUUGAAGAGCUCUACAAUGUCCCCAGAGACUCCACCGGCUGGCGUAUGAUCGUCCGCGUAUCCAUCAUGCUUGGGAUCCUGUUCAUCGGCGAGAGCAUUCCUCGUUUCUACACACUGUUGGCGCUCGUCGGAGCCACGACUAUCGCCCUACUCACCUACAUCCUACCGUCUGUCUGCUACCUGAAGCUUAUCGGCCAGCCCGCCGGAGAAGGACAAACCCCUGUUGAGGUGCCCAGCUGGAUGAAGAUGGUAUGCUACGAGGUGAUCGCGCUCGGCGUCGUGGGUUGCAUCGCCGCUACCAUCAGUGCAGUCAGCGCCAUCUUCAGCACUUCCAUGGCUGUGCCCUGCUACCUGUGAUACUGCACAGCUUCUACUUACACGUCUAUAGGCCUCCUUAUACAUAUAAAUACGAGUUGCUUUACAUCACUUCUACGUCAGAAAUACUUGGGACCUAUUCCUUCAUUUCUAGUUAGCAACUGUCUUCUAGAUUGUUAAAGUAUCUGAUAGGUAAAAUAAUUCAUUUCCCAACAGCUUUCAGAUUACAGGGAUGAAAUUGAUAUUCUGUAGGAUGCUAUGGAUAAGCCAUAAAAACCAGAAGUUUAAGUCAGCUUCUUAUAUAGAUAUAAGAGUUUAAGUUUUACAUAGGACUUUAAUAAGCAUCUACAUUAAUGGGUACAACAUACAUAACAUUCUAUUAUUAGGUACCAAUAUUGAUAUUUUUGUUACAAUUCUAACAUAAGCCGUACACGCUAGAUGUACUAAAUAUUUUUAUUUUAUAACA